AGACUUUCCAGACUCGCAGUUGGAGCUUCCAGGUCAGCAGGUGUUUGCGUAACGGCCAUGCGCUAAACUUACCACAAGUAGACCUACAGGUGCCAAGUUAUCCAUAGAAGCUUCCUCCGCAGGAUUCAACUUGCUUUUUGUCUGCAGAACUUUUCUUCUGGCUCUGAACCCAGCUGGAGAUGGCAGAAGGAGACUUUUACACGACAGGAAACCGGCAGCGGUUUCCCAGAGAUCCAUUCAGAGAAUCUCCGUUCCGGGAUCAGUCUCCGUUCCGGGAUCAGCUGCCAGCUCGGUUUAUGGACGAUGACUUUGGGAUGCCCCACUUCCCGGAAGAUCUGGAGUUAGACUGGCCUGGGUGGGCCCGGCCGGGUCGGCUCAGCACGCGCCUCGGCACGUCGCCCUUUGCCGGCGCUUUACGCACAGGUUUCCCCGCGCGUCAUUCCACUGGGGGCCCAGUCCUGUACACCAGCAGGUAUGGUGAGCCUCCCUCACGGAGCCCCCCGGCGAGCACAGGCGGAGAGCCCUGGAAAGUGUGCGUGAACGUGCACAGCUUCCAACCAGAGGAGCUUCACGUCAAGACCAGGGACGGGUUCGUGGAGGUGUCAGGAAAACACGAAGAGAAACAAGAGGAAGGAGGCAUCGUGACGAAGAAUUUCACGAAAAAGAUCCAGAUCCCCACCGAUGUGGACCCCCUGACAGUCUUUGCCUCCUUGUCACCCGAGGGCGUCCUCAUCAUCGAGGCUCGGCAGACGCCUCCAUAUUAUCUUUUUAGCAGUGAAAGCUGUCAGGGAGGUGAAACGCAGGAAGUGGAGGCCCCCGAGGCCCAGGAGGCCCCUGUGGUCUGAACCAGUGGUCACCAUCCUGAGUUCAACAUGAAGUUUGUAGCCUUUCAUCUUUUUCUUGUUGAAGUUUGGGGAUUAAAAUGUUUAACGUGAAUCACCAGCAUUUUUUUAUUUUUUUAAACUUCCAUGUUAAAGUUACACAAAAGCAGUCCUUCUAGAAACGCCUCUUCCUACCACCAACAUGUAAAGUAUAGUUACUAUUAAGAAACUAA